CUCAGCUAGCUCGCUCCCUGUCUCUUCGUCUCAGUCCUGUCUCUUGCUCUCUGUGUUUGUCUGUGUUUCACUUGUCCUCUUCACUUUCCCACUGUUUGAUAUUUUGUUAUUUUUUUUUUUACUUUGUUGUUUUCUUCUCUGUGUGUGUGUCCUUCCGCUCCUGGUUUCUGCUGACAAAGCCGCGGGCUGUUUCUUUUUGAUUCGACUCCAUGUCCUCUAUUUUUUGUGUGUGUGCCGCUGCUUUAACAUUUAUUGUCCCAUCCUCUGUGCGCUACACUCCUCGUGGUCUAGUGUCUCUGCUGCCGCUUCACCUGCAUCUCUCCUUCACCUCUGCGCCAACAUCUCUCCAUCCACUCCUCUUCUACUCCAGCUCAUCCUUCCUCUGAGGAGACCUGCACUGCUUUAGAAUGGGAAAGACAGAGCUGUGCUCUCUUUAUAAGGGGUUUCUGGAUUGCAUUUGCCUCUGCCUCUCUCGCGGCAGCAGUGAGGCCGCCACCGCCGACAAAGAGAGGGACACUGAAAAUGGUCACCUGAUCUACGAGAGCGGGGACGUCCUCGAGGACAGAUAUGAGAUAGUCGACACUUUAGGGGAGGGGACCUUUGGGAAAGUGGUGCAGUGUUUGGACCACGGCAGAGGAGGAAGUCAUAUCGCGCUGAAGAUCAUCAAGAACCUGGAGAAGUACAGAGAAGCAGCCAAGCUAGAAAUCCAGGUGCUGGAGAAGAUCAGUGAGAAAGAUCCCCACAACAAGAAUUACUGCGUGCAGAUGCUCGACUGGUUUAACUACUACGGCCACGUGUGCAUCUCUUUCGAGCUGCUGUCUCUCAGCACCUUUGAUUUCUUGAAGUCAAACAACUUCCUGCCCUAUCCAAUAAACCAGAUCCGACACAUGGCCCACCAGAUCUGCCACGCCGUCAGCUGUGAGUCCAUUCUCCAUGACAACAAGCUGACUCACACCGACCUGAAGCCUGAGAACAUCCUCUUUGUCAACUCAGACUAUUCCCUCAUUUACAACACAGAGAAGAAGUGCAAUGAAAGGAGAAUAAACGACACCACAGUGCGUCUUGUUGACUUUGGCAGCGCUACCUUUGACCACGAGCACCACUCCGUCGUCAUCUCUACACGUCACUACCGAGCCCCAGAGGUCAUACUGGAGUUGGGCUGGAGUCACCCGUGUGAUGUGUGGAGUAUCGGCUGUAUCCUGUUUGAAUACUAUGAAGGCUUCACACUGUUUCAGACUCAUGACAAUACGGAGCAUCUUGCAAUGAUGGAAAGAAUACAGGGGCCGCUUCCUCAGAGAAUGAUUCAGCGCAGCAGAAAGCAGAGGUAUUUUCAUCGUGGCCGCCUAGAUUGGAACGAGUGCUCAAAGGCUGGACGCUACGUUAAAUCCAAGUGCAAACCAUUAAGGAAGUACUUGUUAUCACAUGGGACAGAACACCACCAGUUUUUCGACCUCUUGGAGAAGAUGCUGGAGUAUGAGCCUUCAAAACGCAUCUGUCUUUCCUCUGCUCUGGGCCAUCCCUUUUUUCUGCCCCUGCAUCAUCCAGGAAAGUGUCAGGUCUGGAGGAACAGCCGAGACAUGAGCAGAUGACCUGGAAUAGCCACUUGACCCUAUGUGGACCAUAUGGGUAUUUUUGCGUGUUUUAGCUCUCUUUCAAUGAAUCAUGUAUUUUUGACUAAUUAGUUAGUUGGAAAUUACUUUAUUUGAUAUUGUAUGUUCAAAAGAAAAAGUUGAAUUGAGGUGAGUGAGGCGGAGGUGGUUAGCUUAAGGUUAGCUUUAAUCACUGGAGGCAGUGGAGGAGAUGGAACUGAUUAAACUGAAACAUUCGAACACCCUCCGUUGAGGAGCUUUGCAGAUGCAUGUCAACCUGUUGGUGUUGUCCACAAUGUCAAAAAAGGGAACAACAGUAAAUGUACGGUAGGCUCCCCAAAAAAAAUUUUUUGUUGUUGUUUUUGUUUGUUUCCACUUCUUGUCAUGAACCUUUUCUGGUUAAAGCCAACCUGUCAAGCAAUCAACAUUUGACCCAUGCUUAGCUGUCACACCCGAAGGCAACAUGCUGUCAGGUUGCCAGGACAUUGACUUCACAUAAGCUCGCCUCUGUAAUUUCCACCGUGUUUGAUUUCCCAUGAUCCUUUACUUUGGGGAGAUGGGGAUCUGCCAUCAUUGAUCUGCCUCCAGUUGAUUGAGCCUGACGUGAGGAAGGGAAUUGAAAGUUAUGAGAAGGUAAAUCAAGACCAUUUAUAUUAUAUUGUUCAUUUAAUUAUAAACAAAAUUCUUUAUAAUGUCAAAUAAGAUUCAUUUAGGAGAAAUGUUUGCAAAAAAAAACAAUUGAAUCCCCUCCAAUAGGAAAAUAUUUAAAUCAUAAUUUGUCUCUAAAAUUUAGAGGAUAUGAAAGCAAAAGCUGAAGUUAUGUGAUCUUUUUCUGUCACUUUACAGCAAUGAUUCGGGUGUUUUUUUCUAAUAAAUUUUGUAUUGAAUGUC